AUGCCCUUUCCGUUCAAGUUGUUCCAGGGUUUUGGAAAGAUUAUUGCAAUUCGUUUGAAGCGCCCUGAAAACCAAGGACACACACAACGCAACUCAACAACCGCCGAUCAUGAGGGCAAUAGCUCCAUCCUUACAGAUCUCUCUGAUCUCGUUCCUGCACCAAUGCUCUCUUCGAUUUCUUCGCCAGUGCAUCCUGUUUCUGCAAGUAGUGAACCAGGUCUCGAAGAACCCCCCACCGGCUUUCCUUCUACAGCGUACCCUUGGGGCGCAUCCCCUGCCCACGAAGCUUUCGACAUCGCUCAGGUGGCUCUGCCCUUGGUACAGGCUUUUACGGGUGUAAUUCCACUUGUCGGUGCUCCGAUGAAUGCAGCUAUUGGCGGAUUGUUGGGAAUCCUUCAAGUCAUAAAUAGAUGCGAUCAGAACAAGGCGGCCUUGGAUGACCUGACAUCGCGACUCUAUCGACUGUACUACCAUUUGUGCAACGCCCCACCUGCCCUAGACCCUCUUGAACAUUCUCGGAGAGACCUUUUAGCUAGAAAGCUGGAAGACACCUCAGUCCGCCUGAAAAAGUUGCAAAAACGUCCUCUAGCAUACACAUCUGUCACACAGGCUAUCACCGGAUGCUCAACUGACAUCGAUCGUUAUCUGAUGGAGUGUUUGUGGUCGUCCCAAAUGCAAAGUCAACGCGAAACACGCGAACUGCUUAUAAUUUCACGGAGGCGGGAGGUUUUUCAGAACAUCGAACAGUCCUUCGCACCACUAUCUGCAUCGCCUUUACCCGGAAGCGUCGCGCCUGGCUGCGUGACGCUAGUAGACGCAACAGGCCGCCACCAAGCAAUAUCAGUGAACUGGUGCACCUCAUAUCAGCAACUCAAUCACAUGCUUCGAGUUCUGUUUGAACGCGAUGCGAUUGAAGCCCAAAUUCAAAGACGGUAUAUAGAAGAAGGAAAUUACGAUUUGUGCAUCGACGAGGGCAAGCAAGUGACCCCACUUACAAGCGACAAUUGGUCGAGCAUCGAACAAGGCACGAAGAUUGUGAUGAGGGUUACCAUUCAACAGGAGAUAUCAUCACUAUCUGGAGUCGACUAUCGAUGUCAUUUUUGCAGCGCUGUGAAUCGCCUUGGUGCCAGAUCUGUGAAAUAUGAGUAUCGAGGGCGGACUGUUUGCUCCACCGAAUGUCGAGAAUGCAAACGAUGCUUCCAGAUCACCCGUAGCUUUGUGGACUCGAGAGAACUAUUCUAUAACAGUGACGCCAACCACAAGACUGAUGCAGAAACGCUUCUUGUUCGCAACUUUCAUGUCCAGGAAAUUGUGAAGAAUUUUUACGCCAUGUUCGUGACACCCCGGCCAAGUACCACGGACUUGGUCAUGUAGCGCCCUCACAUGACAGUGCGUGCUUCUACAUUAAGCAUGUCUUUGUACUGAUUGCAUGCAGCAUUCAGCAGCAUCGAGAAGAUUGGGUGGGACAGGGAUCAAGAUGAAAAGGGGGAUGGAAUGGAAAAUGAUUCGGAUGAUGUGCCUCGGUAGCUGCAGAGGACGUGGACAGACCUGACUUUCCAGAAUUGAUCUCGUACAUGACAUAUAAAGAAAACGAUCUUCCAUGUACGGUCUGUCUAAACCUGGUUGCUCAUAUGUAUCUAUCUUCAAAUCUGACUUGUAACACUAAAAUAAUACCAAAACGACAUUCUUUUUGCC